AAAUUUUUUAAAAACUUCGAUAUUACUUCCAAGUUGUUUCUGGGUGACUUCCAUGAAUUGCUGUUAUACAUCAUCAAUUAUAUAUAUGAUGAUACGAACAUGAUGAAAGGACGAAAAGAAGAACCACAAUUGGUUUUGUAAAUAUAGUAUAUAUCUGUAUAGGUAGUUGCUUAACAAAAUAAAUAAAUAAUAAUUGUAGGCAGUUUUAAUUUAAUUAAGGAGGUCACUACACGUCCAGACAUGGAUUUAUGUGGAGCUAAAACGCUGCGGCUCUCCUCGCCUAAUCUCAAAAUCCUUCAUUUGGUGAGGCAUGCACAAGGCAUCCACAAUGUAGAAUUAGAAGAGCACAGAGAGAAACCUGAAUCAGAAAAGCUUUUUGAUGCCCAUCUCUCUCCAAAGGGUUUGCAACAGGUUUCUGAAAGGCGCAAGAAAAUCCAUGAAUCAGGGUUACUAAACACUAUCGAGUUGGUGAUUACCUCACCGCUGUGCCGAGCAAUGGAAACGUCAAUAGGAAUAUUUAGGGGACAAGAAGAUAUCAAUAUAUCCGACGACUUUUCAAAAGCUAACAACCUCCCUCCAAUUCUAGCACUUGAGAAUAUUAGAGAACGCAUGGGACUCUAUCCGUGUGACCGUAGAGCAAGUAUAAGUACUCGCCGCACUUGCUUUCCUGACAUUGACUUUACAAUGAUAGAGAGUGACGAAGAUGCUCUAUGGCAAGACAAGGAAAGGGAAAAACUAGAAGAUGUUGCUACUAGAGGUCUUCACUUUUAUACAUGGUCAUUAGAGAGACCAGAAAAAGAAAUAGCAAUUGUAAGCCACGGGAUUUUUUUGCAACAAACACUUCGUGCGCUGCAUGAAAAGCUUGGCAUACCUAUUGAAGACAGUCACCUAACAAGGUGAUUAUGCUACUCUCGACUCUAAUCACUCUUCUGCUCUUUAAUCAUCAUGUUUGCCAAUUGUGAACUCCGGACAAUUGGGAUAGAGAAGAGGUAACUAAAGUUAGCUUAGGAAAUCAAAGGAGAUUUUACAAGUACACUGUUGUUGUUACUGUUCUGAUAAUGUUCACACGUUUACAUGGAAGCGGAUAUAUUAACGACUUGUAAUUGUAGAAAUUACGUUAAUUAGUACUCUACCUUUAACUUCUAUUUCACACGCUUGAAUAGAAAAGGCAUUCAUAACUGUGUUUUCUUUUC